AGAUGGACACACACAAGUAAAAGGUGUAAGGAACCCUGAGCAGGACCUGUAGGCACUCUCUCUCUUUCCCUAGCCGCAGCCCGCUGUUCUCCUUCUGUUUCUCUAUUUUAUUUUUCAAAGAAUCCUCGCCUAUUCCCUUCGGCAAUUGUUGGCUGCCUGGCUCCUGGGCCUGUCAUUUCCUCACUUCAUCCUCUCCUGUGUAGAAGAAGUAGAAGAAGAAGAGAUAAUGUUGGACAUCAAUCUCUUUAGGGAAGAAAAGGGCCACAACCCCGAAAUCAUCCGCGAAUCUCAGCGUCGCCGAUUUGCCAAUGUUGAUAUUAUUGAUGAGAUUAUUUCUCUAGACAGGGAGUGGAGGCAGCGUCAAUUUGAACUUGACAAUCUACGCAAAGAGUUGAAUAAGAUAAACAAACAAAUUGCUCAACUCAAAAUUGCAGGUGAGGAUGCAACUGAAUUGAUUAAAAAUACCAAUGAUAACAAGCAACUGAGCGCUGAUAAAGAAGCUGAGGUGCAGCUGGCUUCUUUAGCUUUAAUUAAGAGAUUGGAAGCCGUUGGGAAUCUUGUGCAUGAUUCAGUGCCUGUUAGCGAUGAUGAGGCAAAUAAUGCUGUAAUUCGAGUUUGGGGUGAGAAACGUUCUGAUCCUAAAUUGAAAAACCAUGUUGAGCUUGUUGAGCUUCUAGGAAUUGCUGAUACUAAGAAAGGUGCCAAUGUAGCUGGAGGUAGAGGCUUUUAUUUGAAAGGUGAUGGUGUACGACUUAAUCAAGCAUUGAUUAAUUUUGGACUAGAUUUCUUGGAGAAGAGGGGUUGCACAGCCUUGCAGACUCCCUUUUUCAUGAGAAAAGACAUUAUGGCAAAAUGUGCUCAGUUAGCACAAUUUGAUGAAGAACUUUACAAGGUGACCGGUGAAGGGGAUGACAAGUAUCUAAUUGCUACAGCUGAACAACCAUUGUGUGCUUAUCAUUUAGAUGAUUGGAUCCAUCCUUCACAGCUACCAAUCAGAUAUGCUGGAUACUCAUCUUGUUUUCGUAAAGAAGCUGGUUCACAUGGUCGUGAUACUUUGGGAAUUUUCCGAGUUCAUCAAUUUGAGAAAGUGGAGCAAUUCUGCAUUACCAGCCCAAAUGGUAAUGACUCUUGGGACAUGCAUGAAGAAAUGAUCAAGAACUCUGAGGACUUCUACAAGAUGCUAAACAUUCCAUACCAAGUUGUAGCUAUUGUUUCUGGUGCUUUGAAUGAUGCUGCUGCAAAGAAGUAUGACUUGGAAGCUUGGUUUCCUGCUUCACAAACAUACAGAGAGUUGGUCUCCUGUUCCAAUUGUACAGACUACCAGUCAAGAAGGUUGGAAAUUCGAUAUGGGCAGAAAAAGAGCAAUGAGCAAGCAAAACAAUACGUUCAUUUGUUGAACUCUACGCUCACUGCAACGGAGAGGACCAUUUGCUGCAUCCUUGAGAACUACCAGAAGGAAAACGGUGUAGAGAUCCCAGAACCUUUGCGAGUGUAUAUGGGUGGAAAAGCUUUCCUCCCUUUCCAAAACAACCCUUCUACAGAAGGCAAGGGGAAGAAAUCUAAAGCUUAGUCAUCUUAUUAUAGACUUCUGCAUAUUAGAAUUUGAGAAUUUGGAUUGCAUAUUGCUUGUUCUCCUUACUGGAUGCCUAAAAUUUGGUCAUUGUCAUUGUUUUCUCUUUAUGACUGGAAACGUACACGUAACAGAGCUUUAUGAAAGGAUGCUUCUGAUUUGAA